AUGGAUCAAGUCUUCGCCCCAGCCCCAGAAUCAAAAACUGAGCUUGGGGGAUAUCGAAUCCUCUCUUCUACAGCCGGCAUUCGCGUGUCUCCUCUCCAACUAGGAGCGAUGUCUAUUGGCACUGCGUGGUCCGACCUCAUGGGCUCAAUGGACAAGGAACAGUCUUUUAAGCUUCUUGAUUAUUUCUUUGACGCUAGUGGCAACUUCAUUGACACUGCAAAUGCCUACCAAGAUGACGAGUCCGAAGUGUGGCUCGGUGAAUGGAUGGCGACACGGCAAAACCGUGACCAGAUGGUUAUUGCCACAAAAUAUAUCACUGAUUAUAAGUCGUAUGCUUUUGGAAAAGGGUGGAUUUCUAAUUUUUGUGGUAACUCGCGACGAAGCAUGUACAUGAGCGUCCGCGAAUUACUCCAAAAACUACAAACCGAUUGGAUCGACAUCCUCCAUGUUCAUUGGUGGGACUUUACCACUUCUAUCAAAGAAAUCAUGGAUAGCUUGCACGUUCUCGUCGAGCAAGGCAAAGUUCUCUACCUAGGCGUAUCGGACACUCCCUCGUGGAUCAAGGCUUUAGAAGAGCGGAUGGCAAAGGGUGAAAUCCUACGUGGCACGUACAGUAAUGGCCAGAGUGAGGACGAGAGAAAAAUCAGCGAGGCUCUAGAGAAGAUUGCCAGCGGACAUGGCACUGAGUUCAUUACGGCGAUUGCCCUCGCCUACGUACGAGCCAAGGCCAUUCGGGUGUUUCCCAUGACAACAUUUCGGGCGCUGAGCAUCAAGUUAUCGCAAGAGCAGGUAGAGUACCUGGAAAGCGUGAAGCCCUUUGAAGUUGGAUUCCCCAAUAACUUCAUCGGGCCUGAUCCCCACGUCACGGCCUAG